AAAUAAGCUUUGCCCUCACUCAACAUGGCCACCUUUUGCCUUCGCCCUCAUUGAGAAAUCGGCCCUUUCGGCUCCCGUUGGGCGCUCCAGCGUUUCAAUUGCCCAGAGUAGCCAUGGCGGCCAUGAGUAUACUGCAGCGGGCUUCGGUCACUGCAGUGGCCGCUUUGUCGGGCCGCCGGCUCGGUCCUCGUCUCGGAUGCGGGGGUUUCCUCACCCGUGGCUUUCCGAAGACUGUCGCUCCUGUGCGACACAGCGGAGACCAUGGGAAAAGACUGUUUAUCAUCAAACCUUCUGAAUUCUAUGACAGGCGUUUUUUGAAUUUAAUGAAAUUCUACAUUUUGUUGACUGGGAUUCCAGUAGCAAUUGGCAUAACUUUGGUGAAUGUAUUUAUUGGUGAAGCUGAGUUAGCAGAAAUUCCAGAAGGUUACAUCCCAGAACACUGGGAGUAUUUUAAGCAUCCUAUAUCAAGAUGGAUUGCCCGAACUUUCUUUGAUAGCCCUGAAAAGAAUUAUGAAAAAACAAUGGCUAUCCUUCAAAUUGAAGCUGAAAAGGCUGAUUUACGGUUAAAGGAGCUGGAAGUGCGAAGGUUGAUGCGUGCAAGAGGUGAUGGUCCCUGGUAUCAGUAUCCAACUGUUGAUAAGGCACUGAUUGAUUAUUCUCCAAAAGCAACUCCUGAUAACUAAUCUUUUAUUUCUCUAAUACAAACUGUAUUCUCUUUAGGGGAAAACUCAAUAAAUAUAUUCUGUAUUUUUGCUCACAUGAUGAAUAAAAGAUCUUCCAUUGUUCUAUUUCUCCACAUUGGUUCAGAUUAAGACUUCUGUGUGGGAUUUCAAUUUUUUUUUUUUUUUGCUUUAUUGAGGCAUAAUUGACAGAAUUGUAAGAUUUGAAGUGUACAUUGUGAUGAUUUGAUAUAUAUUGUGAAAGGCAGAAUAAGACUUUUGUCUUUUAAGAAGGUUUGUUAUAUAAUAAAACCUUGGGCAAAUAGGAAUUUAUGAACUCCUAAGGGUGUGACUUUGAAAGUUUUGUCUGAUAAUUGAAAGUUAGAGAAGUCUAAUUAUGUUAAAUAUCAAGAAAUGUAGUAGUUUACAUACAUGCCUAGAUUAUUCAGAGGUGAUUCAGAAUUUUAAAUUACAUAAUUAUUGAACUAACUACAUAAACAUUAACAUCUUAAUAAACAAUUUCUCAGUGAA